UCUAGAAUUUUUCCAAUAUGGCUGCGCCCAUGAGAGCUUCACGCAUUAGGGGAAAUUACUUGAUCCAAUUCGCUCAUCAGCACACAGAUUUCAGGAUUGCGGAAUUGAAGGCAUUGAUUGACCUAUUUAAUGUUGAUAUCCAGUGGGAUGAGAAAAGCCUUGGAGAUGAGAGUCCUUACCUAAAGGUCAAGAUACUCUCUGAGGAGGAUGUGAGAAAAAUUGGAAGUCGGUCAGUUUUGAUAAAGAACAUCAUUGAACUUUGGGGACAUGGCGGCACAUAUUCAGAAUUGAACGAAAGUCUGAGAGAAACAAACAGAAACAUCAUGGUCCCACAUUUUGUCAAAGAAAAAUCUUUUAAGUUUGAGUUGGAUGCUUUUAACAAGAAGCUCAGCCAUUCGUAUAAGCUGGAAAUGUUUCAGCAUUUACCUCAAGAUGUACUAGCAUUCCAAGGGGAUGUAAGUUUGGACAAUCCGGACGAGGCCUUUUUUCUCCUCGAGGAUUAUGGACCAUUCGGCAGCCAGGCUCCAGAAAAUCCUCAUCAGAUAUAUUUUGGGAGACAGAUUUCCGAGGGUCAAAGAGACGCUAUUCGAAAAUACACCCUACAGAGCAGGAAGUUUAUAGCUAACACUAGUAUGGACGCUUGUCUCUCCCUCCUGAUGGCAAACAUCGGCCAGGUGAAGAAGGAUAACCUAGUCAUCGACCCAUUUGUUGGAACAGGCAGCUUACUUGUGGCCUGUGCCCACCAUGGAGCCUACGUGAUGGGCACAGACAUCAACUAUCUACUCCUACACGCUAGAGGUAAACCCUCACGCGCAAAGCAGGAGAAACGAGAGUCGGACGAGAGUAUUCAGGCUAACCUCUGCCAAUAUGGCCUAGGAGACUUUUACCUUGACGCUGUCAUUGGAGACGCAUCCAAGCACCGCAUGUGGCGCCAGCAGCCUAUGUUCGAUGCCAUCAUUACUGAUCCUCCUUAUGGUGUGAGAGAGAAAGCGAAGAAAGUGGGCACAGGUGUUGAGGAUGUCAAACUGUCUGACGACCAGAAAAUUGGACAUGUUCCUCAUAAGGUAGAUUACCAUCUGGGUCAGAUCUUCAAAGAUCUGCUCAACUUUGCGGCCAAGUUUCUACACAUGGGUGGCCGUCUGGUCUACUGGUUUCCGGUGUACAGACGAAGCUACAAGGAGGAAAACAUCCCAACUCAUCCCUGUCUGCAUCGCAUAGCCAACUGUGAACAGGCGUUGAACUGCCGGAUUUCCCGACGUCUUAUCACCAUGGAGAAAGUCCGUCCAUUUGAGGAAAUCCACGAAUCGGACAACGCUCAAGUGGAAGUGGAUCACUACGAGGAUGCAUCAUUCCGUCAGAUGUAUUUCCACCCCCGACAGUCGAAGGGAGAUAAUUCUAAAGAACAAGUUGAAAAUGGAGAAUUGAGUAUAAAAGGGGAAAAUGAUAACAUAGAAUCCACCUCACUGACUGAAAAUGGAUGAUAUGACUUAAACCUGGUGCGUGAUGGCGUCCAAUUAAUAGAGACAAUGUGUUAGCUCCUCCUACUAAGAUAAGGACAUUUGAUUAAAUACUGUCGGGGAGCAUCAUUCCAACUUCAGAGAAAGAUGUCUAUUUUCCUUGUUAUUUGAAUGAGGAGUCAAAUUUGAAUACAAUGCUCCCCGAGUAUGGCAUUGGAAGCUUGCCGUUUAGACACUGAUCCUGGUCAAACGGUCGGGGGAUUCCCAGCUUCUGGCUGAGUCUGUUGGGAUCUGCAGACGUGUUCAAUUUAGCGUUUGGUAGAAUGAUUGUUCCAGCCAUGUCAGGGACCACAGACUUGUCAUUGAUCAUGUGAUUUUGAACGACACACUCAUAACUUAAACUGUGAUAUUUUUAAUGCAAUAAAAACAAAAA